GCCCACCACCCCCCCGUUGAAACUCACUCCAUUCGACCGCACCACCAUUUCUGUACGCCCCUACUAUACGCGAGAAGAAAAGGAAACAGACUGCGUCAAAUCAGACUGUCUGGCAUGCCGCACGCGACCAUGCCCUCACCGGGCUUCCAGGCCGUCAUUCUGUGCGGCCCUGGAGCUUCGUUGAGCACUUUCACCUCGUCGCCCAAGGACAUUCCUAAAGCCCUCCUGCCCGUUGCGAACCGGCCCAUGGUAUGGUAUCCCCUAGAUUGGUGCUAUCGCAUGGGUGUCACCGACAUCACCAUCGUCACUCCUCCCGAAUCGCUAGAGGCCAUCGACGCUGCCCUGUCUCAGAAUCCUCACCUCACAUCUCUCCCUCGGCCUAAGCCCGAUCUUCUUGCGCCCAAGGAAUUGACCCACGAAACGGGCACGGGAAACCUUCUGCGACUUCCCGAAGUUCAGAAGGCCAUCACGGGCGACUUCAUUUUGCUUCCCUGUGAUAUAGUGUGCGAACUCGAUGGCACUGCGCUGGCUGAUGCUUGGAUGGUCGAAGAAGCCGGCCUCGGUGCUUCGAAUGGAGGUUCUACUGUGGGUGGGAAGGUCUCCCCCCGUGCUGGUGGUGAAAAGCUCGGACGAAGAGGUGGAUUGGGGGUAUGGUAUCAGACGAAAGGCGAAGGAAGCAAAAAGGGCGAAGAAACCGAUUUCAUUGCGACAACCCCUCUCCCGUCACCCAUUGUACCCCCGCCCACGGAAUCGCUCCGUCGCAACAUCUCCAACCUCGUCUACACAGUACCCACCGACACACUCAAAGACAUCACAGAAGAAAACAGAACCUUCCCUGUGCGGCACUCGCUUAUCCGUCGCCACGGUCGCAUCAGAAUGUUGACUACACAUCGCGACGCACACAUCUACUUCUUCCCGUACUGGGUACUUGACAUGAUCAACAAGAACGAACAAUUUGAAAGCGUGGCGGAAGAUGUGCUUGGGUGGUGGUCCAAGGCUGGCUGGCAAGAAGGCCUAGGCGACAAGCUGGGUUUGCGGUCUAUCUUCCAUCCUGAAGAGGAAUCAAACAGCGAGUCUGGCUCGCAGGUUGUCGAGGAGGAGAUUGAUGUUUCGCGAUUCAGCAGCACAUGUUCCAAAGGCCACGACAUCAGCAGCCUUUCCGCCGCAACAGAAGUACUUGCAUCACGCGUGCGCGGAUCCAGCAUCUCCGGAGGUGCCAAAUCAAUUACCCCCGACACGAAACUCACAGUACCACCAAUCCUGUCCUACAUACAACCUGCUGAUGCCUCAGCGGCACUGAUCCGCCGUGUCGACACCGCACACCUCCUCCUCACCAUCUCCCUCCGCCUCGCCAAACUCCCCUCCAUCGAAGACGCCGACGGUGCCCCCACAUCUCCUUUCGCCCACCAAGCCAAAGUCGCUCACAAACACCUGGUCCCCAAAAGGUGCCGCGUCGAAGCCGAAAACUCGUUGCUCGCCGAAAACGUCACUGUCGAAGAGAAGUGCAACAUCAAGGAGAGCGUCAUCGGGCCCAAUUGCAAGAUUGGCGAGGGCGCGCGCUUGCUGCGGUGUCUCUUGAUGGAGAAUGUCGAGGUGGGCGCCAACGCGCAGCUCACGGAUUGCAUAUUAGGUAGAAGGUGCUUGAUCGAGGGGGGUACAGCCAAGGGAGACGGCAGGACUGUGCUGAAGGAUUGUGAGGUCCAAGACGGACAAGUGGUUGAGUGGGGCACGGAGAGCAAGGGCGAGAAGUUUAUGAGGUUUGAACUCCCGAGCGAUGAGGGUUUUGGAGGCGAUGAUGACGAUAAGGGCUCGAUUGGGGGUGAUGAGGGGUUCUCAAUCUAG